AUGUAGGACAUCCGAAGUCUGAAAGCCUCUGGUUUGGCCCUGCUGCUAGUGGUUUCAUUCAUCUCCCACUCCUGUUGUGCUCUCCAGAGGCUCUUUGAAAGAAGAAACUGGACUCCUCAAGCUAUCCUCUACCUCAAGGGGACUCAAGGACGUCAUUUCAUCUCAGAGGAGACCAGGAGGAAAGAUCUCUAUAACAGAUUACAGCUGGAAAAGCGCAGUCAAAGCCUACCCCCAAUAUCUAUUUCUGAAGCCACAGCCAUGUCCUCUGAGUCCUUGCAGAAACCAUCAGAAGGUAGAGAGGUAAAGCUUUAUCAGUCAAGAUUCUUGGAAGACAGUCUGUUAAACUGGAGAAAAUGA